AUGGCUAUGCUUCUGACCACAAGGAGAAAAACAAUUUUCAUAGGCUGUUUCAGUUUCAUCGUUCCUUUAAUUGUCAAUUUUAGCGUGUCUUUGCUGAUGAAGAGGUUCAUGGACAUGGACCUAAGAUUGCGUCAAUCCCUCCCUGCAAUUGCAUUGGUACUUUCUCUAACGGCCUUCCAUGAUACGUCUUGUGUCCUCGAUGACUUGAACCUGCUCAACUCAGAGAUUGGCCGUCUAUCUCUAUCCAUUUCAUUUGUCAGUGGAAUUUUCAGUUGGGCAAUAGUAUUUAUCAUCUUCUCCAUAAAAGAAAUCCUCACUCUGGAUCUACAUACGGUGAUAUUUUCUUGGAUGAGUAAAGCUCUUUUAUUUUGCUUCAUCCUCUUUCUUGUCCGUCCAUUAUAUUUAUGGAUGAUUAGAAACACUCCGGAAGGAGACAAUUUGAAGGAGGGUUAUGUUAUCUUGAUCUUCCUUCUCGUCUUGAUAUCUGCAUUUUACACUGAGUCCAUUGGGGAAAAGGCCGUGUCUGGAGCAGUUCUAAUGGGAUUGGCGGUACCUGUUGGGCCACCAAUAGCCUCUGCUAUUGUAGAAAAGCUCGAAUACUUCGUUACCCUUGUGCUAUUGCCAUCUUUCUUCAUAGGAGCUUGUUAUCAGAUAGAUGUGUUCAACAUCAACUUGAAGAAUUUUGCAAUUGUAGAGUUGCUAGUUUUCCUUGGUUUUUUUAUGAGGCUCAUUGCAGUAUUGCUGCCUUGUCUCUACUGCGAGAUGCCUUUUCAGGAAGCUCUCUCGAUCAGUCUCAUCUUGAACUGUGACGGCAUAUUUGCUCUCUUGAUUUUAGCUCGUUUACUCAAUGUGAAGUGGAUUGAUAAGGAAUCUUACACUAUUAUCAUCCUCACAAGAGCUUGGAUACAAAUGGCGGCCUCACCGUUAGUGAAACGAUUAUAUAAUCCUUCAAGGAGGUAUGCAGGUUACAAGAGGCAAACCAUCCAAAAUGUUGUGAACUCGAGAGAGCUCCGUAUACUAGCUUGUGUUUUCGACAAAGACAGCGUUCCAGGCAUACUCAAUUUCCUUGAAGCCAUUAAUCCAGCACAAAAUUACACUGUGUGUAUCUAUGUUCUGCACCUCGUUGAGCUAGUUGGGCGUGCAGCUUCUAUCCUGGUCACUCAUAAGCAUCAUAAGAACAGACACUCUGGUAGAGCUAACAAUGCGUCAGAAAGAAUUAUUAAGGCCUUCCACCACUUUGAACAACAUAAUCAAGGCUUCCUCGUAGGACAAGCUUUCACAACAAUUUCACCAUUCUCAGGCAUGCAUAAUGACGUAUGUAACCUAAUAAUGGACAAGAGAACAGCUCUGGUGAUCAUACCCUUUCAUGAGUCAGUUGAGCAUCCCAUUCGGUUAUUCAUCCAGAACGUAUGGCAGAAAGCACCUUGUUCAGUUGGUAUCCUCUUUGACCACUUAAAUGGCUCAAGAUCUAUUUUGGAUGUUUGCAUAAGAUAUGAAAAUGUUGCCAUGAUUUUCAUCGGAGGGCCAGAUGACCGAGAGGCACUAACAUUAAGUAUGAAAAUGGCGGAGAAUCUUAACGUAAACCUCACAGUUUUUAGAUUCACAUUUUCGGGUUCGAAUGGAUUCCAUAAGAAUACAAAGAAAGACGAUGAUGCUAUACGUGAUUUUUGGUCCAAACUCAUGGACACAGAAAAUAUUGCGUAUAAGGAAGAAGAGGUUACAGAUGGUGCAGAUACAGCUUGUAAACUCAAAGCAAUUGAAAACACUUGUGAUUUCAUAAUGGUGGGAAGAAGACACAAUAAUAGUUCGCCGAUCUUAUCAGGACUUGAUGAAUGGAGUGUGUAUAAAGAGCUUGGCGUCAUUGGAGACCUUCUCGCAACCUCUAAUUCGUUGGGGAAGUUUUCAGUUCUAGUGGUGCAACAAUAG